GACUCUGAACACAACUGAAUCAUAUCAGAACAGCCUCUGGAUGCCUUUCCCAGCGAGAGAGAGCAGAUCUCGGACCUGUAGCUGAGGGUAACCCUCUGAGAAGCGGAUGAAGAAACAAAUCUUACUACUUUUCACAUACAGAGGACUAGUGAGCAAAGGAAAAAAGAGUAAAAGAAGAAAAUGGACAAGUUUAUAUUACGGAAGGCCGAACCCAAGGACGUGUCUGACCUACUGCGACUCAUAAAGGAACUGGCAAAAUUUGAGGAAAUGGAAAAUCAAGUUAUUCUCACUGAAAAAGAUCUCCUGGAGGACGGUUUCGGAGAUCAUCCCUUCUAUCACUGUAUAGUGGCUGAAGUGCCCAAACAGCACCAGAGUGCCGACGGUCACGUGAUCGUUGGCUUUGCCAUGUAUUAUUUCACCUAUGACCCCUGGAUUGGAAAACUGCUCUACUUGGAGGACUUCUACGUCAUGAAGGAGUAUCGGGGUUUUGGAAUCGGCUCUGAAAUCCUGAAGAAACUGAGUGAGACGGCGGUCAGGACUCGGUGUAGUAGUAUGCACUUCAUCGUAGCGGAGUGGAACAAGCCCUCCAUCGACUUCUACAAGCGGCGCGGGGCGUCAGAUCUCUCUCUGGAGGAAGGGUGGAGGCUCUUCAAGAUCGACAAGCAGAACCUCCUCAAGAUGACCAACGAGGAGUGACCCGACCGGAUGGGGAGUUGACCUUCAAAUGGCAUUUUGAAGCAUUCAGCGUCUGAUUUUUACACUCAAAACCCAUAAUUCUUAUUUGAAUUAGAAUUAGAAUUUAAUUCUUAUUUAGAAUUAUAUAGCCAUAAUUCUAAAUGGAAUUAUAUUCCCAAAAUUCUAUAUGGAAUUAUAUACCCAUAAUUGUAUACGUCCUCUUUGUAUGUGUUUUUUGUAUAAAAAGUUGUGAAUGAAAAAUGUUUAAUUCCCAUCAAAAUACAUACAUUUUGAAAAGAUGACUUGUUUUGAUGUAAAGAGAUACAUGAUUAUUGUUCCUUUUGUGAUUUAAUAAUUCAUGAAUCAGAGACUUACAAUGCAAUGUAAUGAUGUUUAUAUAGACAUGUCGUAUUUACUUCUUUGUACCUCAUAUUAAAUUAUACUGGGAGGAAAAAAUAAAAAAAAGUUUCUCUUUAUUCA